AUGCUGUCCGAACAGGUGCGGGAAUCGUUGAAGAGAUUCGCCUACUCGGGCCACAUGUUGACGCGUACAGAGCGACUGGAAGCCCUACGACAGAGUUGUGCGACGUCGAAUCCUACUCCAUCCUCGGAGGGGGUUGAGCCCAUUCGGUGUGUUUCGCGGAUCCACCGCCCUCGGAUAGCAAUUUGCAGCAUUUCGACGCAUUUUCCCACAUCCCCUACUGGACCCUGCUGCCUUAUGCGCCAUAAACCGCUACCACACCAUAUAAAUUCACAUACUGCAUUAUGCUAUACCAAAAACAUUUGUGCAAUUUCUCCAAUUCUCGUGACCGAGUAG